AUGCGCCGGGUAAUGCGAUUGUUUGCGUCGGCAGGGCCUGGGCGGACGAGGGUGUGCAGGAAGCUCGCAGUGAGGGCCGCUCGUUCGGGCAAAGCGGCGCACACGAUGCAGACGAUGCAGGCGUGGGGAAGGGAGGAGACGGCGAGCGCCGGGCCAGCUGUCAAAGAGAAGGGCAACAAUGCAGCGCUGCUCUGGGCUGUCACAGCGGCUGGCGGGUGCGGGCGCAGAGAGCGUGUGCGUCGUGGGAGUAAUGGCAGCAGUGAGGCCAGAGCAAGGCCAGCUGCGCGGACGACUGCCCCCAGACGACAACGGCGAGGCAGCGGCCCCCGGCCUAGCGAGCAGCCCAUCCCUGGCGGUACCCGCUGCUGUGACGACUCAUCAUCCAGCCCGGCGCCCGCGACCACCACCGCGACGGCCGCUGGGCGUGGCGAGCGCCUUGAGCCCGACGGUCCCAGCCCCGCCGUGCGUGGAGCGCGAUGCUGGCGCCGGGCUGCCGUAGUUGGGCGAAGAGGGCCACCCAGCGUGCUGGAACCCGCGAAAGGGGCAGGCACGCUUGUUUCAAGCCAGCGGGAAGUCACGGUCCAACGGCCAGACGUCAUGCUGCUCUGCUCGGGCUCCACCACAGCACAUCUCCACCGCGCUCCAGACGCUGCCCAGCGCCCGCCCGCGAUGCGAUAUCGCCUGAACAUGGCCUGCGGCUCGCCCAAAGCAACACGUCGCCGCCAGCUGAGGCAGACCGCGCAGCUGCCCGCAGCAUCGACUGAUCGGUGA